GAAGGGUGAAACCCGGCCUUUGAGAGCAGGGAGGCGCCUGCGGAGGAGCGGAGAGGCCUGUUCCGCCAUUUUAGGGAAAGGCGAGUCCUGCAGCCCAAGCUUCCCGCCGCCGCCGCCGCCAUGUUCUCUUCCGUGGCGCCGCUGGUGCGUCUGAACCCAUUCCACGCGCCUCACCUGCAGCUGCAGCAGCAGCAGCAAGAGGAAGGCCUCAGCCUGAGGAAGCAGCGCCCGGCGGAGCUUGCGGAGGUUUCUUGCACCCGGAAGAGCCUGGCAGCGGCUUCCGCGGAGGAAGACUAUAGUUGUGCAUAUGGUUCUGGGAGAUUCUUCAUCCUUUGUGGCUUUGGUGGGAUCAUUAGCUGUGGUACCACACACACGGCAUUGGUACCCUUAGAUCUCGUUAAAUGCCGAAUUCAGGUGGAUCCACAAAAAUACAAGAGCAUCUUCAAUGGAUUUUCAGUUACUGUCAAAGAAGAUGGUGUCCGUGGCUUGGCUAAAGGAUGGGCCCCAACCUUUAUUGGAUAUUCCAUGCAAGGACUCUGCAAAUUUGGUUUCUAUGAAGUCUUCAAAAUCCUAUAUGGAAACUUACUGGGAGAGGAAAAUUCUUAUUUGUGGCGUACAUCAUUGUACUUGGCUGCAUCUGCCAGUGCUGAGUUCUUUGCUGACAUUGCUCUGGCUCCAAUGGAAGCUGCUAAGGUUCGCAUUCAAACGCAGCCUGGGUAUGCUAACACACUACGGCAAGCAGCUCCAAAAAUGUUUGCAGAAGAAGGUGUUUGGGCUUUCUACAAAGGCGUUGUUCCAUUAUGGAUGAGGCAGAUUCCAUAUACAAUGAUGAAAUUUGCCUGCUUUGAACGAACUGUGGAAGCUCUGUACAAAUAUGUUGUUCCCAAACCAAGGAGUGAAUGUUCAAAAGGAGAACAGCUGGUUGUUACAUUUAUAGCAGGUUAUAUUGCUGGUGUCUUCUGUGCCAUUGUCUCACAUCCUGCUGAUUCCGUGGUAUCUGUGCUGAACAAAGAAAAGGGCAGCUCAGCUCUGCAAGUGCUGAAGAGGCUGGGAUUAAAAGGAGUAUGGAAGGGGCUAUUUGCACGUAUUAUUAUGAUUGGCACCCUGACAGCGCUACAGUGGUUCAUCUAUGACUCCGUGAAAGUGUAUUUCAGGCUUCCCCGCCCACCUCCACCUGAGAUGCCAGAAUCUUUGAAGAAAAAACUUGGUCUUACUGAAUAGAUGAAUCAUGGACUUGAGAGGUUGAUAGCAAAACAUCAUGAAACUUUUUACACAUGGCAAUGUAGAAGACUGCAGUGUUGUCACUAUUGGUCAAAAUAAACCAUAUGAGAAUUA